AUGGCUGCUCUCCUUACCGAAAGCCAGAUUGCCAUCGUCAAGGCGACGGCGCCCGUGCUCAAGGAACAUGGCGUCGCCAUCACCACCGUCUUCUAUGAGAACAUGCUCCGGGAGAACCCCGAGCUCCACAACAUCUUCAGCACCACCAGCCAGACGACUGGCCGGCAACCCCGCGCCCUCGCCGGCGCCGUGCUUGGUUAUGCCACAUACAUCGACGAUCUGCCCAAGCUGACGCACGCCGUCGAGCGCAUCGCCCACAAGCACGUCUCCCUGCAGGUCGCCCCCGAGCAGUACGACAUCGUCGGCAAGUACCUGAUUCAGGCCAUCGGCCAGGUCCUCGGUGACGCCGCCACCACAGAUAUUGUCGACGCGUGGAAGGCCGCCUACGGUGUGCUCGCCAAAGUCUUCAUCAACCGCGAGGGUAAAAUGUACAAGGCCAACGCGGCUGAGAACUGGGUCGGCUGGCGCAAGUUCAAGAUUGUGCGCAAGGUGCCCGAGAGCAGCGUCAUCACGAGCUUCUACCUGGCGCCCACCGACGGCGAGGUCCCGCUGCCCAAGUACUACCCCGGCCAGUACGUCAGCGUGCAGGUGCCCGUCCCCGAGCUGGGGUACCUUCAGAGCAGGCAGUAUUCGCUCAGUGAAGGGCCGAAGGCCAAGGGCGAAUACUACCGUAUCAGCGUCAGGAGGGAAGACGCCGGCGAGACGGGUAUCCCGGGCCUCAUCUCCAACAUGCUACACGCCCAGUACGCCGUCGGCGACGAGGUCGAGCUGUCGCACCCGCAGGGCGAGUUCUUCGUCGACCCCAGCGACACCUCCAAGGACGGCGUGCCGGCGGUGCUCAUCUCGGCCGGCAUCGGCGCCACCCCGCUCCAGGCCAUCCUCGACAGCCUGACCACCGCGCCAGACGGCCAGCCGCCCGCCGUCAGGCGGCCCGUCUCGUGGAUCCACGCGUCCCGGUCGCGCGCCAUGCAGCCGUUUGCCGAUGCCGUGCGGCAGAUCUGCCGCGAGAAUGAGAACGUCACGGCCAAUGUGUUCCUGCACACCCUCGGCCCCAAAGACCGCGUCCGCGAGCACUACGAGUUUUGCGAGAUGCGAAUGGACCUUGCAAAGUUGGACAAGGAGCGGGACCUGUUCCUGCACGACGCCAGGGCCGAGUAUUUCAUUUGCGGCCCCGAGGCAUUCAUGCUGGACAAGCGAGCGGCGCUGAUGGCGAUGGGUGUCGACCAGAGUAGGAUCUUCCUCGAGCUGUUCGCGACGGGUGAUGUGGCUGCCGAGUAG